AUGCCCGAGUGGAGCGGAAAGUGGCAGACUCUCUUCCUGCGCGCAGCGUCUUCAUCAAAGCUCGGCGUCAACUAUGUGAAAGCGAGUUCACCCACCACAACCCUCGAGUUGCAAGCAACAAAAUCGUCGCUGGUUGUAGGUCAAGAUCUGGUCAAGUAUGGCAUCGCUGGUGUCGUCUGGAAUUGUGCGCGAGCGAUGGUGUUGUUCUUCGAAGCCGAGCCGCAUCUCGUGACGCAACGCCAUGUACUGGAGCUAGGUGCAGGCCCAGGCGCGGUGGGGUUGGCUCUCGCCAGCACAUGCGAAGUAUCCUCACUCCUGUUUACAGAUCUUGAGAGCGUUGUGCCCUUGACUCGAGACAAUGCUCGAUUCGCUGCGCGACAUCACGAGUCGAUAGCCACUUUGAUUGCCAGCAAUCGCCUUAAUGUCCAGCCAUUGCGUUGGGGUGAGCCUCUGGACGACAACAUUGCGAGUCGUCGUGUCGAUGUUGUAGUGGCUUCCGACUGCUUAUACGAGUCGGCAUCGCACUCGGCGCUAAUGUCGACGCUGCAAGAACUCACAGACAUUUCUGAGCGCGAUCCUGCGUCUCAACACCUCCCCAUCGUGUUGCUUGCCUUUAAGCAGCGCAUACCCGAAAAUGAGAAACUCUUCUUUGAAUCGAUUUCCGAGCACUUUGAAAUUGAAGUCUAUUGCAACGAUUCCAGCAAAACCCAUUUACAUAUGCAAGCUUGA